UCGAGUCUUUCUUCCCCUUUGCUCUGCGUGCACCAAAAGCAGCAGCAGCAAGAGGCCGAGAGCCCGUCCCUCGAUUUCAUUCAGCCAGUCUCCACCAAUCCGGAACCUGUUCGAUAAAAUGCUUCAGGGGGGCGAAGGGCGGGGGCCGCCGAGCGACGGGACAGCGGGGACUUCCGACGGGGACGGCGAGGGCGGCGGCAGCGGAGGCGGUGACCGUGGCCGCGACCGCAUCAGCGACCUCCCAGACAAGAUGCGCCACCAUAUCUUUUCCUUCAUGCCUGCGUGGGAGGUGGUCCGCACGAGCAUGCUCUCGAGGCGGUGGCGCCACAUCUGGGCCUCCGCGCCGUGCCUCGACAUCCACUAUCCGUGCGGCUGCGUCGACGGCCCCGGCGCCGGCCAGGAUUGGUACGCCCAGUUCGUCAAGCACCUGCUUCUCAAGCGGAGUUUGUUCGAGCCGCUGGACACGCUCCGGCUGCAUUGGAACCACGACGACGCCAACACGUGGAUCGAGCAUGCUCUCAGACGCAACGCGAGACAUAUCGAGCUAUCCGGUGAUCAGCAUCGACCAAGGCUGCGACCCAAGUACUGGAUCUUCCUUUAUGGCAACCUCAAGAUCUUGCAUCUCAGCCACUUGGAAAUGAACAACAACCCCCUCUCGCAGCUCUGUUCUAGGUGCACCUCUUUGGAGGAACUAGAGCUCAAGAACGUCUACAUAUAUGCCUCGCACAUUCGAUCAACCUCACUCAAGCGUUUGACUAUGGUCAGAUGCGUCAACCGUUGCGGCCUCUCUGUUGAUGCUCCGAACCUUGUUUUGCUGCGCUGCAUCAGACCUCACAAUUUUGUUCCUCGGAUCGUGGACUCGUCGUACCUGUUGACAGCCACUAUCAUGCUUGACGACACUUGCUUGACGUCUCGUGUUGUCCCUUGCCGCAGCUGUGCGAAUGAUGAGGACCCUGUGCACGGUGAAUCUCAGUCUGCAUCUGAUGAUAGUAGGCCUGAAGGUUCUGAUUCUGAGGACCCUGGGCACAGUGAAUCUCAAUCUGCAUCUGAUGAUAGUAGGCCUGAAGGUUCUGAUGCUGAGGACCUUGGACACAGUGAAUCUCAAUCUGCAUCUGAUGAUAGUAGGCCUGAAGGUUCUGAUGCUGAGGACCUUGGGCACAGUGAAUCUCAACCUGAACCUGAUGAUAAUAGGUCUGCAGAUGCUGACGACCUUCGGGACACUGAAUCUCAAUCUGAACCUGCUGAUGAUAGCUCUGCCGUAUCAGGUGCUGAGCACCCGGACAACAAUGACGAUGACGCUGAGAUUGCAGAUGUGUAUUCAAGUGAGGAUGACUGCUACGGAACUCCAACUCGUGGUGGCCAUGGUAUUCUUCGCAGCCUCUCCAAUGUGAUAACAUUGAACUUGAGAGCACACUAUGGGCAGCUUCUGCUAUUCAAUGAAAUUAAGAACUGCCCUGAGUUCAGAAACCUGAGGACUCUAUCGCUUGGUGAAUGGUGCACAGAUCCCGGCUUUGAUUCAUUGUCAACCAUGCUGGGGAAAUCGCCCAACUUAGAGAACCUUUUUAUUCACCUCCUGGCCUACAGCAAUCCAAGAGAAAGAUCAUUUACUUGCAACAACCUGAGGGUGAAGAUCUCAUAUUCAAUGAGCGAUGGCAGACUGGCCCAUCAGUUGGAAACCUUCUUAUGCGCCAAUUAUGGUUCAAGGGAGAAGCGCAAGGUGCAGGACGAAGCUGCCAAUAGUCCAGCGAAGUAAGGUGUGGCUUGCAUAGUGCAUACUGCUUCUAAAUGACGACCAGCUUGUUGCUGUCCUACCAUGUCAGUAAGUGUUUUUUUUUUUCGAAACGAGGCAACCGUGUCGGUAAGUGUGACCUUGGGGUAAAUUGCAGCCGGGACGCCAUUGAUCAGAUGGCAGACACAGUAAAUGGCAGAUUUUUGUCAGGUGCAUCGCGCCGUCGAGUUCUUAAUGCUGGUAAAUCAGUACAUGUGUUUGUUGUGUUCCAUGUAGAUGUUAGAUCAAAAUGUAUAGUGACUCUGAAGCCCGUGGUAUCCUCUGCAGUCCUCCUAGGAAGAGCACUGCACGGAUUGAUUUGGCACCUGGUGAGCCUGGAUCCGCACUCUGAGUUCCUCAAUGCUGUUGGUGUUUGUGAGUUGUGACUAGGUAGGAUGGUUGGUUAACUGAGUUUCUGGGAUUUGACCGGCAAAAGUCUGUAAAACUCUUGUGCAUUUGCUAUCAAUCAGAUUUUGAAUCA